ACUGUAAGCUCUUUCAGGGUUUUGAAAUAACAGUCUAAAUUCAAAAGGCUUAUUUUAAGACUAUCCAAAUUUCCAAAGUUUCAAAAAUUGAUCUCAUACAGAGAAAAGUAAGGAUUUUCCGAACCAUGAACAGCAAUGUUCUCACUAAGAGAUACCAUCGUGUGAUGGUGGCCCUCACGGAUCCCAAGCGUCGUACUUAUUCCGAUGACUCUAGCCUAGACGAUGAGAUAAAGCUUAUGGACAACAAAGCUAUGCUGCUGAGGAUCUCAAAUGCCGUGGGAAAACCUGGUAUGAAACCUCCCCGCUACUACCGCCACAUGGAAUUCGAUGCCAUUGGCUAUGACUUUGAGUCUCACAUAAGGUCGGAAUUAACGGAGUUAAUGGCCCAAAUGUUCCGUUACCAUCGUCAUGGCAGCCUGCUGCGAUUCCCAUCUCAAAGGAACCUCAAUACUAGCCUGCUGACUCGCCUGCUCGUCACUGAGGUGGACAAACUGAUGCUGCUUCUGCGUCUCCGCUUGAAAGCCAUCAAUGUGGACUACUACGAUGUGAGGAAAUUCGACAUGAUCAAUCUGCUUUUGGACUCUAAAGCGGCACCACAACAGCGACGGGACCGCUUGAAUGGAAAGAGUUUCUCCAGCACCAAGGAUCUACACCAGUGGCUUGUGAAUAACUUGACCGGACUGCGAGGACGCGGCAUUGGCGAUGACUAUUUGGACUUUGAGUUUGUGUACCGCGACAGCCAGCCCAAGCAGCACAGGAUUCGCCUGUCGGUGUUCCAUAUCUUCAACAGCGAGGAUCGAACGGACUUGGUCGAGUUCUUCAAGAGUGUGCCCCAGUGCAGGCAGAGUGGAGGGGUCUCGAAUACUCUUCUUAACGAUUGCCUGAGGGAGUCCUUUGACUUUAAGACUACCACUCCAGCGCUUUUGAUGUUCGAGCUGCCAAUGGUACCGGAACUCAGUGAUUACCGGCGCAAAGUCCUGAAACUGGCCGACGUGGCCUAUAGUUCCCUGGAAAAAGGCAGACAGUCAACGGCUAAAACCGACCUGAAUUAUUCCUCGCAAAUGUCUAUAGGCCUGAGUAAAGAGAAUCGUUACAGCACCUCCCGGUGCUCGGUGAAAUCGGUUCCCAAUAUAUCGAUGGCUCAUUGUCGGCGCUCUUCCAAGUUCUCGGAUGAAGACUACAAUGGCCUGGCCGCCUGGUACAAGCGAAUAGAUGCCAAGUUUACGCAGCUCAAGCUGGGCAUGGAGCAGCACUUUGUGAAUCUUUUCAAAAGGAAAUCUAUGGACCUCCAUCGGGAGUUGAGGUGUAUUAACCAGGAUCUGGGCCUGACAAGAGACGAAAGUGGAGGCGACGCAUCACGUUCGCGAAGUAGCCUAGGCGAUGGGGCUGCCAGUGAGGAAAUAUACCAUGAUUUACAAAGGGAAUUCAAGAGACUAGAACUAGAAGCAGAAAAAUCAGCCUACGCAUCCACUUUGAAGGUAUAUAUCAGCACCAAGAAGUACGAGUUGUCCGAGGCAGAGAAGACCCUCAAGCAGAGGGAGAUUGCGAACCUGAGAGUCCACUUGGUUCAAUAUAUAAGUAGUUAACCAGUAGGACUAAACCAUUUCCAGGGAUAAGAAGUUUUUCUAGAUGUUACUCUCUCCCACCUGUGACGCCUAGAAAAACUCCAUUUUCCUGGAGGAAAACAUAAGAGGAAUCCCGUUCAAUUGUCAAUUUACUUUACUUGUUUUUUUUUCAGAAAGACAGAGGUUUCGUAUGGGUAUACAUAUAUAAUAUAAUAUACAUUUAUAAAUACAAUAUUAUUGUCAACAAUAUGUUUCAUAGUUGUUUAAACAGAUUCCCCAGCUGCGGCUCCAUAUUACGUCUGUGUGUGUAACAGUUAAAUAGUUGAAUGCUAAUUAGGCAAUAAUAUUCUUUGUUUUUAUAUGAAUAACACUUGGUUGUCAAACACUCAAAGCAACAACAACUAAUGAAUGUUAAAAUCAAUACUAGAUCAAUUCGAUUCGUAUUCGUAAUUAGACAACAAUUUCCAUAUAGAGUUAUUUCUCAUUAAGUAUUAAUAUGUAUGUUGGCAAUGUUCCUGUUGAAAUCGUCUCUCCUGUUGGAUAUGUGCAUUAGGCGAUGGUUUUGGGGUUUAGUUGGGUAUUUGUACGAGUGGCAGUUGUCACAGGAAGUAAUCUCUCUCUCUGAUGCACAAAUGAAACCUCACUGAGCGAACUAAGCAUAGUUUUUAACUUAAACCGAAGAUGAUGAUAUAAAAUUGCAGUGCCACUAAAGCUAGUCUUAAUAAAAUCAAUGAAAAAUCGGCUGUGUUUUAAAAUAUUUAUAAUGUUUAAGUAUUAUUAUUAGAA